UUGGUAUCACGUAAUGUCAGCGCACGUUCGUCAACUACUUCGGCGCGCUUCCGAACACAUUGUGACACUUUCCAGAAACCCCUCACCCGUUAUGAAGGUUCUUCACGUGAGCCCCCACUUCGUUGUCGUUGACAAACCUCCGGACGUAGUAAUAAACACAUGCUAUCCCGACAAGUAUCCGAUAACCGUCGAAACCAUGCUGAAAGGCUCGCACCCCGAACUGGUUGACGAGACGGUGGAGCACAGCUUUAGGUUUUGUCAUCGUCUGGACUUCUCUACGAGUGGUGUGCUUUGCUUAGCCCUCACCAAGGAGUCUGGCCGUGCUGCUUACCACGCGUUCAAUGAGAGACGUGCACCCUUUAUCCUGUUCGCCAUCACCGUUUGGUCCCUCUACACUGUGGCCGGCACCAGUACCGCGGUGACGGAUACGACUGACAGAAACGCAAGCGGAAAUUUAGUGGGAAGUCGAAGCAGACGUCGAAAGGGGACGGACGAAUACGAUGGCGAACCGUUCACUGCGGAAUAUGUUACGGCCACGUCCGAAGAAAGUAUCCAAGUAGAGAAUGUCAGUACGAUGGCUACAAAGAGAAAAACUGUGACGUCAUCGUGGAGCAGCCAAUCGUCGACACAUACUACCACAGGGUACGACAAUAACGUGACCGAAAAUUCCUCAUCGCACACGUCACUUCCUGGACCCCAGGGUUUACAGACACAACUGACAUACGCCAGUUCUACAACUGUCUUCACAGAUUACGAGAUUAAUUCUACCACGGUGUCGGCAGGACACGACACCUAAUAAUAUGCCUACCGAUGAUGAUGAUAACGGUUACUCCUCAACAAGCACAGCACAAGCACUGAUUAAAGCUAUCAAAAAUG